GGAUGAUGCAACGUGGGUGGUUCUUCUUAUUGAAGGGAAGUUUCUAGGUACUAAAGUCAUAAUGACCAAGUAGCUUCAAUUAUACAAGUGGCCUACCAAAUUGUUCCACUUUUUGACUAUCCAUUUCUUAUAUAAUAAUACAAUAUAAUGCAACUUUGGUUUGUGUCUCUAGACUUGGUAAAUUCAUUCACCAAAGACUUCGUAAUAUUAUUUUCAAGUCUUUGGAGUUCUCUUUUACUCUCAAAAUGGCUGGCAAUAUGACAAGAAUCAUCUCCAAAUUCAAGUCUUCUUAUUGUCUUGUUGAUGGUAGCUUUCCCUUGAAUCUUGUAACAAGAAGAAAAUAUUGUAGGAGAGGGUAUUGUGCAACACAAGCAGAAGAAGGGUCAACAAAAAGGGAUCAUCAACAAAAAUUAGUAAAAGAUGAGAGGGCAAAUUCUGUUUCUUCAGAGUCAUCAUGGGUACCAGACCCUGUCACUGGAUAUUACAAGCCUUCAACUCAGACUGAAGAAGUGAUUAUCAACAAAAAUAACAACAAAAACACUAAUAAACCAUAGGUGAAAGAAAAAAUCCAAAAGGAAAAUAUUACUACUAUGUAUCAAUUCAAUUAUAUAUACUAUAGUAACUUAAUUGUUGUUUCCUAAUUUGUUGUGUUAUCAUUUAUUUGUUGUUACUUAUUUUUUUUUCUCCAUUGUUUUCAUAAUGACUUGUUCACUACUGUA